GUGCUCCCUCUGGAAGGAGUUAGACUUUCCAAUACACACAGCUCGCUUCUUGGAUUCAGCACAGCUCUGCUCGCUUGCACUCAGCCACAAGAAACAUGAAUCUCAGACUUUGGGCACUGGCGCUUCUGCUCUUCAUUUUAACCUUGACUUCAGCAUUUGGAGCUCCACUGGCUGAAGGCUCAGAUAGGAAUGACGAAGAACAGAAUAUCCGGACACUGGUGAACCCCAAAAUGGUUCGUAACUCUGCACCUCAACGGCAAGCAAACCGAAGAAAACUCAUACGUCAAAGACCCCGUCUUUCACACAAGGGCCCAAUGCCCUUCUAAAAUUACAAAGUUUUAUUGGAAUUGAGCUAGUCCCCACCAACUGCAUAAUCUGCUAUGUUUGGCAUGGAACCUUGAGGUGAUCCUCAGUGAAGACUCGUGAGUCCAACUGCCUUGCGUGUUAUGGAUUUGCCUCUUCACCUUUAAUUGCAAAGAAGUAUUGGAUCAAAGGACACUGCUUUGAGGGAUUGUCACACGUUCACAGGAUUCCCAGCAAUUCAUCUCUGCUCUCCACAGGGAGAUUUUUUUAAUUACUACUGGAUCACCAACAGCUAAAGCAAUGUUAUUGCACUAGGAUCUCCUUCCUGGCAUUAUCCAUGCCUUACUCUGCAUUUUGUGUAUCUCUAACAUCAUCAUAUGCUUAAGGAACAUCUAACAGCCCUUUUGCACACUUUCCAAUCAAGCCUUUGAGCCUCUAAUGAGCCCAAAAAAAAAGUUUGUGGUAAAAAAAAUAUUGGUGCUGAGCAGAAUUUGUGUCUUAAACUAAAAAGGAGGCUGGUGUGAAACAUAUCCUGUUUUCCAUAAGGCUAUUUUCAACCUAAAAUGGGUUGAUCCACUGGCACAUAUAACAUAUGGACAUUUAAAGAUGCUUUUAGGUUCCAUCUAUGCCCCCUGUCUGUGGCAUCUACCUUGCCCCUCCCCCCAGGAAUCUGUUGGUUUUUUUUUGUGGGAAAAAAAGUAUUAAUGAAUAGAAGCCAUUCAAAUAGCACUUUCUAUAACAUACAUGCUUUAACGGGUUCAUUUCAUGAAAACAAAUUACAGUAUUGUGUUAAUUUUUUUUGUAAUGCUCUUUCCUCUUGGUUCUCUAUGUGUAUAUGUAUAUAUAUAUAUGUAUAUGUAUCUCUGAAAAGAAGAUUCUUAUUUUUUUUAUGUAUGAAUGGCUGUAUUCUAUUUAUUUUGUGAUUAAUUUAAUGUUAGAGAUUUGUGGUUUUUGGGCAUUGUCAAUGUUAUAGAAAAAAAUAUUUGAAAUAACACAACAUGCUUAAUUGUUAGGAUCCGACCAAAACUCCCAACUAGACCCUUUUUGUAAUUUAAACCCUUUUACCCCAUGGCAUUUGUAAUAAUAAUUAUAAACAAAAAGUAUAUCUGAAUUGUAUUUCCAAAGGUAUUUCUUAAAGUGGACUUACACAUACAAAUUCCAGUUGUACCGGUUGUGUACCGGUUAUGUUCCAGUUGACUCAGAGCAGAGAUUGUGGUCUUCAAGAAAGACCAUAAUCUGUAUAUUUCUAGGGUCCCUAAGAUUUUUAUCCUGAGCCUGUGAGUUUUGCCUUGAGGCAUUUUAGGAAUCCCCCAUCCCACCCUUUGCAUUGGUAAAAGGCAAAGCCUCAACCAAUUUAGACCGCAAAGUGCAAAACUGGCAGAUAUUUGAUUACACUGAAAAUGAGAAACUGUAUAACCGUCUCUUUUGUUGGUCGGUAGUUUUGAUUCUUAAAAUGCUUGAUAGUGGCUUCACAAUGAAGCCGACGUGGAAUAGUGUUUGCUACUAUCUAACAGGUGUUUCCUUGGUUAUCAAAUAAUGUUUUAUAUUCCACUCCGCUGUUGAUGAAUAAUGAUAGUAAAAUAUAAUCAAAACAUAUUUACAUUUAGAUUUGCAUUCUUAUUGUUCAGAUAAUAUGUUAGAUGAAUGAUUGUCUCUUAGCUGUCAGGAGAUGUAAUGAAAACCUUGGACACCCCCUAUCCUGAAAAUGUGUGGGUCUAAUAACAUUAACAUUAUAGUGUCAUGUCUACUAAAAGAGUUCAAAUUUCAUUUCAUUGCCAAUAGGAUAUUAUUUUAGUGGAUGUUUAAAGCACACCCAAAGACUGGCUGCAGCCAAAUGCCUGUGCAGUCACUGGUCAUGGUGUUUGUUAUUCUCCCACACUGUAGAGAAGGAAAUUGGUUACAGACUUGCUAUAUAUUCACUUGAACGAUCAGCACAUUUUAAAAAUUCAUUGAAAAAAAUCAGAUCCAGCACCAUACUGCCAACAAAGGCAUCUUGUUGUGACACCGAGUAUAGAUCAUAUUUCCCUCACGUACCAAGUGAAAUAUAAUGCGCCCAUGAGAGAAUCCUGAACAGCCGUAUUCCACAUUUUACUGGGCAGAGAUACUGUACACAUAUCUAGAGGAUUCAAAUCUAGUCUUAAUAUUCAUUUAGUUAUAAUACACUAUGUAACUAAGCAUAAUUACUCUGUAAAAACCAUAGUUUUUUUUAAAUAUAAUAUCUAUAGUAAAGACUGUAUGAUUAACAAUAGUAAUCAAAGAUUAUAUUUUGUAAUGCAUUAUCCAGAUCCCUUUGGUUACAAAUACAGGAGGUUUAUGCAUCA